UCUGUCCAGGAAGGAAGGGCCGGGAGGAGAAUCCUCGGCACUCGAGUGGCGGAGGUUCCGGGGAGGAGUUUGCACGCCUCGGCAGAGACCGUCUUACAAAACAAACUGCCUCUUGGAUAAAAAGCUUCAGAUGGGAAUUGAAAAUGAAAUUACAGGACUAUGAGGCAGUGCAGUGGUGUGAUUGAAGGACAGGGGCAGAGAAGGAGAGAGGCAGAAUAGGAAUGGAGCGGAGGAGGGAGCACGAGGAGGGAGCUUUAUUCCAAGAUCCUGGUUUUCCUGCAGAGAACUCGUCCCUCUUUUCAUGCUACUCCACUCCCAUUUCGGAAUUCCGGAGUCAGAUCUCCUGGCUGCGCCCACAGGAACAGUGCGAGUCCCCGAGACUAUUUUCUCCGAUUCCUCAAGAGAGCCAUGUGAAGCAGGGGAUUCUGGGAGACUGCUGGUUCCUGUGUGCCUGCACCAUGCUGGAAAAGAACAGACACUUGCUGGACAAGGUGUUCCCGCCAGGCCAGGCAGAGUGGGGAGACCAGGGCUAUAGCGGCCGGUUCUGCUUCCGGUUCUGGCAGUUUGGCUGCUGGGUGGAGGUGGAGGUGGACGAUCGCUUACCCUGCAUUGCACACAGGCUGUGCUUCUCUCACUGCCGGUCCAGCAGCGUGUUCUGGGUCUCACUGCUGGAAAAGGCGUAUGCCAAGCUGCGUGGCUCGUACGAGAGGCUAUGGGCAGGGCAGGUCGCAGAGGCACUCGUUGACCUCACAGGAGGGCUGGCGGAGAGGUGGAGCCUGAAGGAUUGCAGCAAGGAGAAGGAGGAGUGGGUGAAUGGGAACAGCCUGGUCCCAGAGAAGCUGGCGCUGGACAGCCUGGUGGACGUGAAGGAUGGAUGUGUAAUGAGCUGCUCCGUUCACAGCUCCCCUGGAGGUGCCAGUGAGCUGGGGGAAUACCAUGCCUACAGUGUGAUGGAGUGGGUUGAUGUGAAGCUGAUGGGGGGCCACAGGGCCCGGCUGCUGCGGAUCCGCAAUCCCUGGGGCCGGCGCUGCCAGGGGGGGCCCUUUGGGGCCAGUGGGCAGGGCUGGGGUCGGCUGGAGCCUGACUCUGCCGCUCAUCUGCUGUCUCACACAGAGGAGGAUGAAUUCUGGGUAGAGGAAGAAGAGUUUUUCAAGGAGUUUGAUGAGGUCACUGUGGGUUAUCCAAUCGAUGAUAACGGACACCUUCGAAGCCUUCAUACAGGGAAGGUGCUAACCCACAGCCAGCAGGUGCAUGGGUCCUGGGUCAAAGGUCACUCUGCCGGAGGUUGCCGUAACAACAGCAGUUAUGUCAGCAACCCCAAGUUCUGGCUGCGUGUGUGUGAGGCUGGGGAGGUGCUGGUCUCUGUGCUCCAGCAGUGUGUCUCGGGCUCCAGUGAGAAUUGCAAGGUCGAGGGGAGGCAGCCAGGGGGCAGUACUGAGCAGCACCAGCACUGUCAAGCAAUAGGGCUGCAUAUAUGGAAGGUGGAGAAAAGGUGUCUGAACCUGCAGAAGACCCUGAGUAAGACCCCUUGUGUGUUCACACACUGCCACGCCUACGACCGCGAGGUCACCCUGCACUGCCAUCUCUCCCCCGGAUAUUACCUUGUCAUCCCCAGCACCUUCCUGCAGGAUGUGGAGGCCAGAUUCCUGCUGCGUGUCUUCUCAGCUGGGAAAGUCUCGCUCAGUGUAGUGAAGCCUCCGCCCUCUCCAGUGACCCCGAUGGGCAGCCUCAGUGACGGAGAGUGGGAGACCAGCAGCUUGGAGGGGAAGUGGCUCAGAGGCGAGAGCACAGGGGGCAGCAGGAACUUCCCCACCCACCUGUUGAACCCACGCCUGCCCCUCACCAUCGCUUCGGAGCCAGGGCACCCCAACGCCAGGAUCACCCUGCGCCAGCACUGCCCGCCUGGGGAAUGCCAGGCCAUUGGCUUCCAUAUCUACCAGGUCCUAGGAGGCACUGAAGACCAGGAUCAGGAAUCUUUGCAGGAUCAGGAGCCUCAGGCCAGCUGUGUCCCUCAUUGCUACACACAGGAAGUGAGCAUGUGGUGCUCCCUGUCUCCAGGAAGAUACAUCAUUGUUCCCUCCACAUACCAGCCUGACUGCGAAGGAUGCUUCACAGUCACCAUAUCAACCAAAAUAGACAGAAAACCAGUGAGAAGCAGAGAGAAUCUGGGACGAAUCUUACAAGAGGUUUCCUACAUCUCGGUGAUGCGGAGCUAGGGAUGAGAAGCCGUGGUGACGUCAGCUCAGCAUUAGGCCGCCAAUGAAAGGGUCAGAGCAGGUCACAGCAGAAGAGCGACCGGGAGCCUUUAUUUUCCACUGGUGCUGCCUGAAAUUUUCACAUCACAGCCCUUCCAUUCCCCUGGCACUAAUCUGAGGCGACGUGACUCGGCGGUGUAAACAAACAGCAUUGAUUUGAAGAGGCUGAAACGAAAACAAUCCCUUCCUCCCCUAACUCUGGAGAGAGUUCCUAGGGUGCUUUGAAGUUUUCCUAGGACGUACAGAGGAGAACCAAAGAGCCCAACCCAAAACUUCAAACAGAUAAAGCUGUUGUGUUUUGGCCCUGCACACAUUGAUGGGGAAAGUGACAUGGUUCAGUGGGAAAUUCCCAUGUGUAACUGGAUGAUCAUGCUGAAAUUUACGUGCGACUGUAGCAGAACUGUUUGGUCAAGACUGUCCAUUCUCAUUCUCUCUCUCUCUCAGCUGUUUUAAUAUGUCCGUUUGAUUAGCCCCAGUAUAUGCUGUAGGUAACAAGCUCAGGUGUGUCUCAUUAAACUGUUAUGCAAUGGAAGUCUUAUUUGCAUUCCUACAAUUCAGUUGCACACAGUUUACAAGUUAAAACAAGGCAAGCUAAAAUAAGCUUGUCUGAUGUAUUUUAGAUUGUUUUAUUUGUGCCUUUUUCUAGUUCACAUUAUUUAAGAAAAUAUAUUUAUAAAAACCUCUGGGUGAAAUGAUAGAAAUGCAGAGCAAGCUGUGGCUGGUUUUCUGUGUGGACUUUGUGUGGGAGGUUUCUUUUAAAUCCCUCCAGAGGCAUUUUAACUGAAAAUCCAUGCUGCUUUUCCUCUGGACAUUGAAUUGGUAGCUUAGCCUACUGUACUGAUACUGAACCAGCUAGAAACGCCUGCUUGUGUGUGACGGUGCUGAGGGAGGAGGUGAGGUGUGUGUUGUGUCACUGGGUGCUGAGGUAGGAGGUGAGGUGGGUGUCACUGGGUGCUGAGGUAGGAGGUGAGGUGAGAUGUGCGUGUGUAACACUGGGUACUGAGGGAGGAGGUGAGGUGUGUGACACUGGGUACUGAGGGA